AUGAGCGGACCAACUGCUAAGAGCAAGAGAGGGCCGACGGUGCUUAUGACCGAUGCUCGCGACAACACUCCCAGAGCACCACGACCACCACAGCGACCCAGCGCUGUACAGAGGCAGAGCACCAACGCGCGACUCAUCUCGGUCGACAACAUUCUGCAGUACGCUUCCGACAUCCCCAGCCAGCAACGACGAGGCCCGCCGGGCAGUCGACCUAUGGUUCACACGCGCACCCCCAGCGGUCGGCACCCGCUCGACCCCAGGCUCUCUGGUCGCCUGAUCCCUCAGCACAUGCCGACGCGAUCAAGCAAGCUCAGCGAAAAACUAGUCCUCCUACCCGAGACGGAUGGACAAGAAGAGGAAGAGAAGACUGAAUUUGACGACGACGAGUUCGACGGCCCACCUACCGACGAGGAUCUUGCGAGACGGACAACAAAGGGCGGCCCCAAUGAUAAAAGCUAUGCGGAGCGAUUGCCCAAAGCCAGGAGAACGGACAAGCUCUCGCGCGUCACAGCCUACUGCACUACGCAGGCGUACAAAAUGAAGGCCACUGCUCAGUUUGUCAAGGACCAACACCAUGCGCGUACCAAGCUGUACGAUGAUUGUCUGUACACUGUGUAUCAUCUCCCACUCUUGCCAGGAAGCGACGGCUACCGAGUCCGCAGCAGCCCAGCGCUGAAGAGUCCGGGCGGAAAGACGGUACUCGACGAGGAAAUUGAGCGCAACGAGCAACGUGACCACCACGAGGGAUACUUUGGCAACGAGGAAACCUAUUUCGUGCGUGACGACCAUGAACUAGACCACCCCUACAACCAAACGCUCGACCGCAGAGACUCGGCCGAGAACUCAAGAGUUGCGCCCAAUGCGCUGAGUUUUGGCGAGAUGUUUGUCUUUUCCUACGGCGUAGCGGUCUUUUGGAACUUUACCGAGAAGCAAGAGAAGGAUAUCCUCGCAGACUUGACCUUUUCCUCCACUGCCACUGGCGUCUCGCUCGCAACAAGGCCCUUAACCGAGUCCGACUUUGAGACGGAAGAAUUCCACUUUGAAUACAACCCGGAAAUUCAACGCCCACGCGUGUACAACGAUAUGAUUACUCUGAAGAGCGGCGACCACAUGAUCAAGUUGGCUAUGAGCCACGCAAUUGCUCAAAGCACGAAACUCAGCUUGUUCGAAGAAGGCAUGAACAGAACUAUGCUCGCAGCACAAAACGUACCGAAGCGUCUAGCCCUGACAGGCAAACUGGGAAUGCGGAGAACAGACGUCGUCAAAAUGAUCGGCCAGCUCUUCACCAGUCGCGUUGAAGUGAAUCUCUCCUCCAACAUGCUCGACACCCCCAGCUUCUUCUGGGACGCAGAGCCCACCCUGCACCCCCUCUAUACCGCUGUUCGUGAAUACCUCGAAAUCAAACCCCGCAUUCAGGUCCUCAACGAGCGCUGCCAAGUCUUCCUCGACCUCGGCGAAAUCCUCUCGGACUCCAUUAGCGACCGCAAAAUGACCAAGAUUACCUGGAUCAUCAUCGUGCUCAUUGUACUCAGUAUCUGCAUUACGUGUCUGGAGGUGCUGCUGCGGUUUGCCAUUUUGCAGAAGGGAAAGAUGAAUGUGCCGGUUUCUGGAGGUGGAGUGGGGAGCUUGAAUGCGGUCGAGAGGAUGAAGGGGAUGGGACCACCUGCGUAUGCUGGGCCUGGGUUGUUGGCUGCGAGGGGGUUGGUUUGGAUUGGGGGUGGAGUUAAGAGUUUGGUUGUUGGGUAG